GGGAAGGAGAAGAUGGCACUUCCGUGGAGUUUUGUGUUGCGAAUUUUUGGGUUUCUUCUCCCCCCUCGUGCAUCACUUCUUUUUGUUUCAACCAUAUACAUUUUGGCCCCUGCGGCCAGAAGCGCACGAAGCACUACCCGAAAGAACUCGCAUGAGACUCGCGAAGAGCCCUCAUCCAGUGAGGACGACCCUUUGUGGGUUGCGUAUCGGAAGAUAAUAGACGGCACGCGGGGAAUUGGAAUUCAUGGAGCGACGCCUGGUCGCAGUCCGGCAGCUAUAGCCGCGGCACGAGACCAGUUCUGGAAUGCCUACGUCGGUCGCCGGGACGGAAACCGAAACCCAAACGUCGGUGAAGAUGUUGAUAGUGGAGACAUCGUUAGUCCACCCAGUGAAGGUUCGCAAAAUUGCUUCAACUCAUUUGCAAGAACGGACGAUCCAAACCGCGACACUUCUUCUUUUUGUCAGUCACCGAGUCUUCUGCUACAGCGACAGCGUGUGCAUACGGACUUGUUGCGCGUGAAGCAAAGUCUCCUGUUGCCGACUUCUUCCCCGUCAUCAUCUCCGAACGCGGCCUCUUCAAGAACUCUCGUCCCUAGUAUCCGGCAGAGAUCCCUCGCAGGGUCAACAAGAGCGCACGCGUCUGCUGCAACGACGGGAGACGAGACGGAGACGUCUGCGGUGUGGAUACGGACC